UUUUUACAAUUCUACAGAGUUUUAUUUUCACACCCCCCAGCCUAAGCAGUAAAACGCAAAUCUGGAGAGGAAAAACGCUUAAACAAGCAAAACGUAUAAGAAGGAAAAGCGCAAAACGUAAAUUUUCACACUCCCCGUGCCACUUGACAAAGAUAUUGGCUUGAUCCUGCUCUCAUCAGGAGGGGAAGGAUGGAUAAGAACAUAGAAAUGUCUUAUUGUAGCUAUCAAGCUUUCCACAGCUCUCCUUCAAUGAGAUCACGACGUACACCAAGUUGGGCACGACCGCGAGGCUCAAGGUCCUGUGUUACUUGCCACACAGUUUGUAACAAGUCUACAUCUCAGGCAUCCUUAUUUUUGUGUCCUGGCUCAACAAAUAGUAGAAUUGGCAGCAGAAGCUUAGUUUGUCGGUCAUUAUAUUCUGUAGAUGCAAGCACUUUUAAUGGGCUUACUGUACAAUCUCCUACUCAUGCUGCCGAAGAAAGAGUUGGCGUGUUGCUUCUCAACCUAGGUGGACCAGAGACGCUGGACGAUGUUCAACCUUUCCUGUUUAAUCUUUUUGCAGAUCCGGAUAUCAUUCGGCUCCCAAGGUUGUUUCGGUUUCUCCAGCAACCACUGGCAAAACUGAUAUCUACGCUUCGGGCUCCUAAAUCCAAGGAAGCAUAUGCUUCUAUUGGAGGUGGCUCUCCUUUACGCAAAAUUACAGAUGACCAGGCACUUGCACUUAAAAGGGCUUUGGAAGCAAAGGGCCUCUCUUCAAAUAUCUAUGUUGGGAUGCGGUACUGGUACCCAUUCACUGAAGAAGCAAUUCAACAAAUUAAGAAGGAUGGAAUAAGAAGGCUUGUGGUGUUACCCCUUUAUCCCCAGUUUUCCAUAUCCACUACUGGGUCAAGCAUCAGUGUUCUGGAGCAAACGUUCAGGGAAGAUGCUUAUUUGUCUAGGCUUCCUGUUUCCAUCAUAAACUCUUGGUAUCAAAGAGAAGGUUAUAUUAAGUCAAUGGCUGACUUAAUUGAGAAAGAACUCCAGAGUUUUUCUGAGCCAAAGGAGGCAAUGAUAUUUUUUAGUGCCCAUGGUGUUCCUGUUAGUUAUGUUGAGAAUGCUGGGGAUCCAUACCGAGAUCAAAUGGAGGAGUGCAUCUUCUUGAUCAUGCAGGAAUUGAAGGCUAGAGGAAUUAGUAACGAGCACACUCUUGCUUAUCAGAGUCGAGUGGGCCCUGUACAGUGGUUGAAGCCAUAUACAGAUGAAGUUCUAGUUGAGCUUGGCCAGAAAGGUGUGAAGAGUCUUUUAGCUGUUCCAGUGAGCUUUGUAAGUGAGCACAUAGAGACUCUUGAGGAAAUUGACAUGGAGUACAGGGAAUUGGCUCUUGAAUCUGGCAUCAAGAAUUGGGCACGUGUCCCGGCUCUUGGUCUCACCCCUUCCUUCAUUACAGAUCUUGCAGAUGCAGUGAUAGAAGCUCUUCCAUCGGCAGCAGCAAUAAAUGCCCCUACCAGCACCUCUGAAGAUAUCGAUAAAGACCCAUUUAAAUACUUCGUCAAGAUGUUUUUUGGUUCAAUUUUGGCUUUCAUCUUGUUUUUGUCGCCCAAAAUGAUAACUGCGUUCAGGAAUCGUGUCAUUUAGAAGAAUACCACAUGAAUUUGAUUUCAUAGAUGUUAGUGCUACUGAUAAGAAAUUUGUAUACUUGUACUAGUAAUCUAUACAACUAAUAAAUUGCAAUUUCUGUUGUUCUUGCAAAUAUUUUAGUAGAAUGACUGUAUGUAUGUUGUAAA